AUGGAUUGUCUUUCCUUGUUCUUAUUUUUCUCGUAUUUCUUAACGUUGAUAACUACAUACGCUUUGUGCUUCAACCCUCUUUGUGUCUCUUUCUUAUUCAUUUGCUUGUGUUUCUUCUUUGUUUCGUUGCUUCUUUCUUUUUUUCUUUAUUUUCCCCCUUUCUUUCUCGUCUCAUUUUCUUCCUCACUUCCUCGUCUUUAUUUCUCUCCAUUACUUGUCUCUUUAUUUCUCUCUUUCAGAUCUCGUUCAUACCCUUCUCAAUUUAACGUCUCUUUAUUUCUUUCUCUUGUUCUUGUCUUUAUUUCUUUGUCGUUCCUUUCUUUCUUUCUCCCGUGCUCGUCAUUCUUUCUUUCUCUCUUUCUUAUUUCUUUUUUUUUCUCUUCCCUGUUUAUUUCCCCCUUUCUUGCCUGUUUAUUUUCUACCUCUAUUUCUUAUUUAUUUGCUUCUUCCUCCAUUGGUUGUGGUUUUAGUUUUUCUCUUUCUAGUCUCUAUAUAGCCUUUAUUUCUUUUCUGUCUUUCAUAUUUCUUACGCUUUUUACCUGUUUUUUUUCUAACUUUCUAGUCUCAGGCUUCCUCCCUUUCCUAUUUCUUUUUACCUCAUUGCUUUUCUCCGUGUCAAAGAUACGACAAGUAUUUUUCUACAUCCACACACUAUCUAUCUAUCUAUCUAUCUAUCUAUCUAUCUAUCUAUCUACAUUAAUGUAG